UCAACAGAUCGUGACGAUCUAUUUUUAUAAAGAUAAUCGAUCUUGUAAAAGUAAACACACAAUACACAGUCAAAGUGGAAAUACUACUUAUAAAGUGGAAUAUUAACAGUGACAUUUUAAACAGAUAAAAAGCAAGAUGGAGCGACCGCCACCUGGAAAAGUUGAAGAUUUGGCUACCUUGGCGAAAUUGGAUGAAAAAGUUUUAUUGGAUGAAUUGAAGAUUAGAUAUUACAAUAAUGAUAUAUAUACAUAUGUUGGAGACAUCCUUAUUGCUGUAAAUCCUUUCCGAGAUAUAGGAAUCUAUGAUGACCAGACCUCGUACUUGUACAACCUUGCAAAGAAGACGGACCACCCGCCACAUAUAUUUGCCAUUGCCGACAGUGCCUACCAGUGUAUGAUUGGUCAUGGAGGCAGAACACCAGAAAACCAGUGCAUUCUUAUCAGUGGAGAGAGUGGGGCUGGUAAGACAGAGAGCACAAAACUGAUUAUUAAACAACUGGUGGAACUUUGUCAUGGUAACACACAGCUUGAACAGCAGAUUUUACAGGUAAAUCCACUGCUGGAAGCAUUUGGUAAUGCACAGACGCUAAUGAAUGACAACUCUAGUCGAUUUGGGAAAUACAUUCAGCUUCAGUUUCAUAAUGGCCAGGUUCUUGGAGCAAAGAUCUCUGAAUAUUUGUUGGAGAAGUCCCGACUGGUUCACCAGGGUCCUGGGGAAGAGACUUUCCAUAUCUUUUACUACAUGAUGGCAGGACUUCCUAAAACUAAACAGGAACAUUUCUGUCUAGCUGCGGCAGAUAAAUACAGAUAUUUAGCUUGCGGUACUGCUGGAGUAUCCAAAGACAAGGAAUCUUCUAAAGUGAAGUAUGAUGAACUACUCAAUGCUUUGGACUUGGUUGGCUUCACUGAUGAGGAACAAUAUGAUAUGUUUACCAUGGUAACCAGUGUCCUUCACCUUGGAAAUGUGAGCUUUGAAGAAGAUGAUAAUGAUGCCUCAAAUAUUCCAGAUAUGGCUCCAGUAGAUGUUGUUGCAAAAUUAUUGGGUGUAGAUAGCCAGGACCUUGCAGGAACUAUGACAUCCAUUGUUACACAUACCAGAGGAGAACAGGUUACUCGACAUUACACCAAACAGCAGGCAGAAGAGGCAAGAAAUGCUGUGGCUAAAAUUUUGUAUGGUCGCCUGUUUGGUUGGAUCGUGAAUAAAGUGAAUCAGUUACUGGCCCCUACACACAUUGUUCCGCAUAGUGAGCAGAGGGAGAUCGGCAUUCUGGAUAUUUUCGGAUUUGAACAUUUCGAGAAGAACAGUUUCGAACAAGCCUGCAUUAAUCUUGCUAAUGAACAGCUACAGUACUUUUUCAACCAUCAUGUGUUUAAACAGGAACAAGAGGAAUAUAGUCGUGAAGGUAUUGACUGGAAUGAAAUAAAAUUUGUUGACAAUCAGCCACUGUUGGACUUGUUUUUGGGAAGACCAGUUGGCAUAUUAACUGUACUGGAUGAAGAGAGUAGAUUUCCAAGGGCAUCAGAGAAGACCUUGGUGGCAAAGUUUAACCAGAAGUUCGGCAAUGUGCCAUACUACAAGGCAGCCCAGAGUAGCAAUGACAGUAGAUUCACCAUAUUGCACUAUGCUGGACAGGUGACAUACAGUGCUGAUAGUUGGUUAGAGAAGAACCGAGACACACUGCCCCCUGGUGUCACGGAGAUGUUACAAAGCAGUAACAAUGCUCUUGUCAAGUCCAUAUUCAGAGCUCAGGUUACGAGAACAGGAAGUUUGUCAUUUCAAGGGAGACAAUCCACUCGGAAAACAAGAAGAGGCCACAGACCAAGUCUGGAAGCUGCAAGAAAAAGAAAACUGACUGUUGGUGGGCAGUUCAAGAAUUCAUUGCAAGUAUUAAUGGAGAGGAUGACAUCGGCCACACCCAUCUUUAUUCGUUGUCUGAAACCAAAUCAUGUGAAAGCACCUGGUUCAUUUGAUUUAAAAUACAUUCAACAACAGUUGCUGUAUACUGGUAUGUUAGAAACAACAAAAAUUAGAAGAGAGGGAUUUGCUGUGAGACCAUCAUUUGACGACUUUGUAAACAAGUACAAAGUGAUUUUAUGUAAACCACAAUUGCCUGGUACUCGGGAGAAUUGUAUAAAGAUUCUGAAGGCUACAGGGAUCCAGGGAUGGCAGGUUGGCCGGACCAAAGUGUUCCUUAAAUACUUCCAUAUUGAUCAGAUAGCAGAUGUACUGGAAACCAUGGGAAAAUCUGCUAUUCAUAUUCAGAAACUUGUUAGAGGGUUCCUAGGGCGUCGUAAAGCAGCACGGAGACGAGAGGUUGCUAGGCAACAGGCAGAGAAGGUAGCUGCACUACUGUCACAGGUAGAAGGGUUGUCUAUGAAGCUGAUGUCACAGCAGCAGACGGUCAAGCAGAAUGAUAAAAGUAUUCCUCCAAGUUUCUUUGGGCGACCGGAUAGUAUUAUCAUGGAAGGACCACCACCACGUGUACCAGACUUCCCCUACGGUGCCCUGUCAUCAGUAGGAGGUGUCAGCUUGACCGCUUCAGAUAAAAGAGAUUAUUUGCAGCCUAAAACAUUUGCCGAUUCUGGAACACAGGCGAGUGACAGUGAAGAAGAUGAGAUUUCUGACGAUGAGUUUGUACCCGUACCGUCAACACAGCAUCCUGGCAACAAGAUGGCAUCCGUCCGUUGGUUCCAGGAAACACAAGCUACUCAGAUCUACGAUCCAAGUCAACAGAACUUCAUAGCUGAAUGGUUUCAUGGGGUUAUCUCUAGAAGACAAUCAGAAACUUUGUUAAAAGAAAAACCAACGGGCACAUAUCUUGUAAGAGUGAGUGAAAGCAGAUUUGGAUACACACUCUCUUUUAAAGCAGAACAGCGUGUGAGACACUAUAUGAUUGAUCAGUUACGAAACAAAAAGUUUAUAGUUGUUGGAGAACCAAAGGUGCACAAAACACUGAAGGACCUAAUAGAUUAUCUCAAAGAUAAUAAACUAUCUAACUGGGACGGCUAUUUAAUAGAUCCUUGUGGCCAGGAAUCUGGUGAAUGUGAUUAUGGUGAUCUUGUUAAUGAAAGGUUUUACUUCACACUUGAGGAACAGAUCAAAAGAAUGAAAACAGGAAAACAGCGUGGAAUUAGGGAGAGUUCACGACCUCUACCACCACCACCAGAGGAUUGGCAUUCACCACCUAUUCCAGAUAGGAACUACAGUAUGGCCAAAGACGUUGAAAGGGAUAUGUCAAAAAGACCAUUACCCCCACGACCGGCCGAAGCAUAUCAUCGUCUUCUUCAUAAUCAGGAAGCACAGCAUAACGUGAAAUUACCGAAGAAGAAGUAAACAGAUCAGCGAAUAAAAACUUGAGGUCUGAAUGAAACACAGGUUGUUAAAUUGCGAUUACCGGUACCUUUAAAUUGCUGCUUCUUAUUUGCCAUUUUACGGAAUUUCAACUUGCAACAGGAAUUGGAGGAUAUCUGAAGUAAAAGAUAUUGAUUGUUUAAAUGGUAUUAAAUGACAUGUUUUUGAUAACUCUUUGGUUGGAACUAUCCAAAGUUUUCUGUGAGUUAACGUGCGUGCCGAAUGCUUUAUAGUGCAGAGUUCAUAGUGUUUUUACAAACAUAUAUGUCUUAACUUAUAUACUUCAGUGUUAAAAUAUGUUCAAAAGAUUACUUUAAGUAUUCUGAUUUUUAAAGAGGUUGUCUAAAAAUGUAUUCUAGUUUUUUAUCGUAUUUAAAGGGCCACUGGACUGUUUAACUAGUGCUUAGUGAUACGGCAUGUGUCCAUCUUUUAUAGUAUUUGAAUAUAGUAAGAGUAUUUCAAAGUGUGCAAUACUUUUUUGAGAAUGAACUUUGUGGGAUCGUGUUGAAUACGAUUAAACAUUUCACUAGACAGGGUUGAACUCUUUUAAAGGGUAGAUAAAGAAGAUGCCAAUCAUUUUACUAUUUAAUGAAAAUUCUCAAUGCAUAAGAGAUUAAGACAUUGUAUCUAUAAGUAUCUAGACAAUCGUUUUGUUUGAUGUAUUAAAAUACUCCGUUUUAAGCAUAAUAUUUGUUACCAAAGUGCUUUUUUAUGUAUAAAGUAGAUUGGAAAAUGUUUACGCGAAUAUGAGAGGAAUAGUUUUGCAUGUAGCGUUAUGUCUUAAAUCUGUAGUUUUAUAAAUAUGUUAUUAAAUGGUGUUAUAUUUCUGCUUCCAGAAAAAUCUUCCUGUCCCUUUCUUCUAUGCUCAAAUUAUUUACAUAUUUAUAAAUACUUUUAAAAGUGUGAGAAAUAUAAUCUGUAUUUGAAUCCAUCUCUACAGUUUAUUGAACCUUUAGCCUGCUAAAUUUCUAAAAUAGACUGGUCAUUCAAUUUGGACAAUACUAUUCUUUAUUCGAAGAGGUAUGCACUGAAACUUUACUGACUGAAUAGUGAGCGGUGCAGCCCAAAAUCAGCAUGCAUGGCUGAUCUUCGUCUGCACUGGUCACAAAUGCAGAAUAUCUUGCCGCCAGCAGGCUAAAGGUUAACAUCCCAAUCAAUGUUACUGUUGUUGUUUUACAUAAUAUAUGGUUGUGGCUUAUAUAUUUUCCUAUAAAAUUGUGUUGUUUAAUGGCUCAGUUGAUAUUGAUUAAGGAAUGGGCGAAUGCAAAAUUUUCCGAUGUUUUUUUUUCCCACUGGCAGUGUAAGGACUAGCCAUUGAAUUUCUUUUGGCUUAGACGUUCGAACGUUUAAUUAUUGCAAUGUUACUUUUUCCACUGAAAAACCAAGAAAAAUCAUGUUGUGUUAUUCAGGGACAAGUGAUAUAGAUAGAUACUAAUAUUGCUAAGCCAUUUGCAAUGUUGCUUUUCCGCUGUUAAACCAAGGACUACUUAUAUGGAGGUCUGCUUACUAAUAGCUAGUUUUUUCAGUAACAAUCGAAUGGCUAAUUGUAAUAAAAGUAUUGAUGUUGUAAGGGUCGGAAAUAUAUCGCAAUGUUACUUUUACCACUGUCAAUUCAAGGACCAGUUAUUAGACAGCUUGUUAUGUUAAGAGUGAAAAGUCUAUUUGUUAUAUUAUCCAUAUUUUUGUAUUAAAUUUCGAUAUUUUUAUAUUAUAUAUUACUUUUGAGAUAUUCUUAAAUCAGUUAUAUAGAAUAAACAGUUACUAAACUUU